AUUUAUUUUGUUACGAUGACAACAAACUGUAGAAUAUCGAGCAAAUUCGAAUAACAGAGAAGAAACAAAUCUAUUUGCAGCGAUAAUAGGGUAGAAACAAAGUAAUAAAACAACAUUUUGGGAUCAUGGCUAAGCAUCAUCCAGAUUUAAUUUUUUGCCGCAAGCAGCCGGGAGUCGCUAUUGGUCGGCUGUGCGAAAAAUGCGACGGCAAAUGUGUCAUUUGCGAUUCCUACGUGAGACCCUGCACAUUAGUUAGGAUAUGCGACGAGUGCAAUUAUGGUUCUUAUCAGGGACGUUGUGUGAUAUGUGGUGGUCCUGGUGUAUCGGAUGCAUAUUACUGCAAAGAAUGUACAAUACAAGAGAAAGAUAGAGAUGGCUGUCCUAAAAUUGUUAAUCUAGGAAGCUCUAAAACAGACCUCUUCUAUGAGAGGAAGAAAUAUGGAUUCAAAAGAAGAUAAUUGUACCACGUUAAGAUACUACUUUUUUGUAGAAUCCUUGCUACUAAACACGUUGAGCAUCAGGUAAUUUAUUACUUUUAUAAUACAAUCAUAGCUCAAUGACAAUUUUGUUAUCAUAUAAAUAACCAUGCUACAAUACUGCUAAAUAU